AUGGUUUUGGAGGACGAAAGCAGCGACGACCAGUCUAGCCUCCCGUACAUGCAGUCUUCCUCCUCCACCGACGGGCUCAACCAGGUCCCUUUCAGCCUUGAAGAUCCAGAUUACAAGGGGCUUGAGCUAGAUUUGAUGUCCCCAUGUGAGAAGCACGGCAUGGCAUCUGAGAGGCUUGUUGCCUUUGAAGGAACAGACAAGGAAGGUAGCAAUUGUGGCUUUGUUGAAUGGGUUGAUCACCAAUGGCCCCCAACAAUGCAGAAUGCAUUGUUGAAGCUAUGGGCAAUGGUUGAAGAUGCCAAAAGUGCUAGGGUGAAUGACAAUCUUGAAAGUUCUUUCACUAUCCACCAUCUGACAGAAGAGAAGAACAAGCUGGAGGCCAACUAUGACAAGCUAGUCCAAGAUGUGCAUGAGCUUAUGAGCCACCAGGAGGAUAGGGUGGUGGAUUUCAGACAUCUGCAGCCUGCCAUUACAUAUUAG